AUGUCUCAGAGACUUGACUUGUUCAAGAAAUAUCUCUUUCCCAAAGCCACGCAGAUCAUAGGUAAAUCAAAUGAGGAAGAAUCAAAGGCUAUCAGAAGAACUCCACCCCGUCUUCUUAUUCCUCCAAAUUUAGUUGGUGCUUCUCGGCCUCCUUCUUUCUUGGAGAGAGAAUUAUUUCCUGUGGUCAAGCGUGAUCUGGAGCUUCCAACUUCAUCCGAUGAUAAAUCUUCAGUAGCUCAGCUCACGAUCUUCUAUGCUGGGACCAUCAACGUGUACGAUAAUGUUACAGUUGACAAGGCCCAAGCUAUUAUGCUGCUAGCUGGUAAAAACUCCUUGUCAGCCCCUGUUGUGGAAAGUACACCAAAAAUAGAUGUGACAAAACUAGUUCAGCCAUCCAACUUACCCUCAAUUUGCAAGUUGCAAGCAGACCUUCCAAUUGCAAGAAAGCAUUCCCUCCAACGUUUUCUAGAAAAACGUCGUUACAGGAAAGCAGACAGUUCUCCUUAUAUCCCUUCCACCAUUGCACAACCUAAGAACGAUGAGCCAAGUACAAGUGACGACCUAAAUGACCAGAGAAGCUUCUCUCCGUUGCCUUUCCCUUCACGAGGACACUUCUUUCCUAUAGCAGCAAAUAAGGGUUAUUAA